AUGGAAACUCAGGCUGCUCUCGACAUGGGAUGGUCAAAUGAUCAAGUUAGCAUCGCCAAAGAAGAAUAUGAAGAUGUUUUCUCAUAUUCGUCCCUGCUGCCACCUCUCGAUUUCAGUGGUUUUUGUGGUUUCACUGGUUUGGAUUUUCAGCUUGAGAUCGGGGUACCUGAAAGUAUUAUUCUUGAUCCCGUUCCUCCGACAGAGAUGUUCGUAAAUGGCCCCUUUUCUUCACCUCUCGAUCUUGCACAAAAUCAUACCCUCAUCAAUCCAGAGGUUUACAUCUGCAAUGCGGGGAGUACUGCACCGGGGAUUUGGGAUGAAAUGAGGACAGGACUUCAGACUCAAUCAAGACAGCAGCAGCAGCAGAUGUUAUUGGACAACAUUACUUAUGAUAAUGGGAUUAUGGUCGGAGUUGAGGAAUUACCCGUUGAAGAGAUGAAAUUAUGCAAGCGAUCAUCAAGAGAAAUUGAGAAAACUGCAAGUUCGAAGAAGUUGUCCAAGAAAACCAUUGCCCAGUACUUUUACAUGCCAAUAACUCAAGCAGCAAGGGAAUUGAAUGUUGGACUUACCCUCUUGAAGAAGAGGUGUAGGGAGUUGGGAAUUCGAAGGUGGCCGCAUAGAAAGCUCAUGAGCCUUCAAACCCUAAUCAAGAAUGUUCAGGAACUGGGGAAGGAGGAGGGAGAAGGGAAGUUGAAAGAAUCCAUACAGAUUCUGGAGAAACAGAAGAAACUGAUGGAAGAGAUCCCUGACCUGCAAUUGGAGGACAAGACGAAGAGGUUAAGACAAGCUUGUUUCAAGGCAAAUUACAAGAAGAGAAAGCUAAUGGGAAUGAUCAACGAUUCUUCUUCUAGAUCUGCAGCAUCUACAAGUUAUGAUAGUUCUGCUGCAGUACUGACUACUGGUGAUGGGAAUACUGUAAAUUUCUGCGGUGAUGAUGAGGAUGAUGAGUUGAAGUAUAUCUUGUCUGAUUGCUUUUCUAGUAAUUCUAGUGGCAUGAUGUUCUAA